GCUAGUACAAGCAGCGCCUCUAGCGGCUAGGACCAGCUCGUCUGUCAGAAACGUGGUUAACGCUAUGGAUGAGGGGGUGCGGCGGAUUCUCUUCGGAAAUCGGGACGAAAACGUUAAUUUAAUGGUUGUAUCGAGCGCAAUACGUAUUUAAGAAAAGUUUGGAACGAUCGGAAUCUGGUAACUGUAAUGGUGAGUUGAUUGGCUGGCAUCUGGGUAUUUAGAGAACAUCUGCACCCGUGCACCGUGCACUCUAUACAUUUGGUGUUGACAUAGAUUUGCCAUUCUUUACAUGAAUUGUACAUGGAGACGUUUGCUUGGAUUGAUACAGGGUAUCGUGCGCUUGUCUGGUGACUGACCGGAUGAUGGCUGCGAACAAUUGAACGGUCCAGAGGUGAAAUGAUCCCUUAUAUGACCUGCGUGUGUUUUGGUGGACAUGGACGUGGAAAAAUGAAAAGAUGGAUUCUCGUUCAAGGAGGAGUUCAGAGAAGAUCUGGUAUUGUCAUCGAUAAAACGAGUGAUAAUACUUUAUAUAUUCGAGUUUUAGAUCAGAAAGAAGAAGAAAACGAAAAAGCCGAGAGAAGACCCACUACACUUACUUCUUCAGAAUACUGUCUGCUAGAAUGUCUAACGGAUACAGACCAUCGUUUAACACCGGGACCAUUUCUUACUCCUCAAACUCGUCGGGCCAGAGUACCCAUUUCCAAACCCCAGUUGGCUCGACUGCCAGAAUUAGAUGAUGCAUACAAUGGAAUAGUUGAAGCUUUGUUAACCAACUGUAACAGAUGGAAUUUCAAUACAUUUAAUCUUGAUGUUUCAACCGGAGGACGUUCACUUCCAGUGUUGCUUGUUCAUUUGUUUCAAAAUUAUGGACUCAUAAAAAAUUUUAAUUUAGAUGUAUCUAGAAUAUGGCAUUGUUUUACUUUAAUAGAAGAAAAUUAUCAUAGCAACAAUCCUUAUCAUAACUCUGUGCAUGCAGCUGAUGUUACUCAAGCUAUGCACUGCUUUUUACAAGAGCAAAAGAUUCUUGAGCAUCUGACUCCUCUGGAAGCCAUGGCUUCACUGAUUGCAUCAGUUACUCAUGAUGUUGAUCAUCCAGGAGUCAAUCAGCCAUUUCUAAUAGCAACUUCAAAUCAUUUAGCAUCCUUAUACAAAAAUUUCUCUGUCCUUGAAAAUCAUCAUUGGAGAACUGCCAUAUCAUGCCUGAAAGAGUCUAGAGUGUUCGAUCACAUGGACAAGGAGUCUUGGGAUGAAAUAGAAUGGUACAUCAGAUCUCUCAUUUUGGCUACAGACAUUACACGACAACAGGAAUUUUUAUCUAGAUUCAAGAGGUAUCUAGAUACUGGUAUCCUUGACAUGGCAGAGAGAGAAUAUAGGCACUUCAUUCUGCAGAUAGCCCUAAAGUGUGCUGACUUAUGUAAUCCCUGUCGACCAUGGGAAAUUAGCAAGAGGUGGAGUUAUCAAGUGUGUCGAGAAUUCUAUCGGCAAGGUAAACAAAUAUAAACUAUCCAUAAAUGAAAUUCAAAUUUUAUUUUAUGUUUUAUAAAUAAAUCAUUUGAUUUAAAGAUAAUUGGACAUUUUUUAGCACUUCAAUACAACAGCAGAUGCAUGCAUACAAAGUAUUAUCAAACAUAACCUAAUGACCAUUUUUUGUAGGUGUUAAAGCUUGUUUUACAUGUUUUAAAUGUUAUGUACUAAGCUAGCUGAAUUUAUGACUUAACUUUUGAGCAAGUAAUUUCCACUGUAUUUUCAUUCUAACAAAUUAUGCAUUUUGAUUUCCUAUAUAUAGU